UUUAAAACGUUUCAAAAGUGAAUUACAAAGCCUCAAAUACAUCUUCUUUAGUGGAAACCAACUCCAUUAUUUCAUUUUCAGACCAGACAGCAAAUCUGACAUGGAUCUUAGUUUAAUGGUCCCCAUAAUGUCUUCGCCACUGGCAUGGCCUCCUAUUUAGUUUUUCAGACAGUAACGCCGCUCAAGUUAUUGUUCUCACUUACAGCUCUUAAAACCAGCUGCUCCGCCCCCCCCUCCCCCACACACACACAAAAAAUAAAAUAAAAUGAAAUGACAUUUUCUAAGUUAAGCCCUCUCGACGAGGAACAACUCGUCGUAUACAUAAAAGCGACGCCGUCUUUUUCAUCGGAGAUCGGCGAAAAUUACAACGAUAUAACGAUAAAGGAAGUCGGAGACGGUAAUCUUAAUUUCGUCUACAUCGUCGAUGGCACUUGGGGUUCUUUUGUCAUCAAACAGACACUUAUUUAUGUACUUGGAGAAUCUUGGUGGAUGAUAAAGGAAGGAUCAUAUUUUGGAGCAAAAACGUCAAAAGAACACGGUGGAUUGUGGCCUGAACAUGUUCCCCAACUCUAUCACUUUGACCGUACCGUGUCUUCCAUUGUAAUUGAACACCCAUCCUUGGCUGAGCACAUGGCCGAGCAUGAACGCGCAGGAGAAUCGUUGGUGUUGCUACUUGAAUUAGCCAAGACUCUUCUCAAAUUGUUGUGGAUUGGUGAAGUUAUUUCAGCCAUCAGGCAAGUCCAUCAAUGGUGAUGGACAUUACCUGGAAAAUGAUAUUGGUUCCCUCAGGAAAACUUCAAAUAUAUGUACAUUCCUGACCAAGCUGCUCAAGCUGGAGUUAAACAGGGUGUACAAUGUUCAUUGUUGGUCCAUCAAUUAACCUGUGAAUCUAUAUUGUCUCUGCGUAUAGCAGUCCUUUGUGGUGAA